AUGCCGCCUCCUCCGCCGCCGCCGCCGCCUCCGUUGCCCGGGGCUGGAAUCCCUCCUCCCCCUCCUCCCCCUCCAGGAGGACUUCCAGGUCGUCCACCGCCAAGUUCAGGAGGCCGAAACGCUCUGCUUGCCGACAUCAACAAGGGCAGAUCUCUUAAAAAGGCCGUCACCAACGAUCGCUCGGCCCCAGUUGUUGGCAAGACAUCCUCUUCAUCAGGCCCUGCCAUAGGCGGCGCCCCUCCUAUCCCUGGCCUUGGUUCGGCGCCUUCUAUCCCGGGCCUUGGUUCAGCGCCUCCCAUCCCAAGCCUUGGCUCAGCGCCUUCUAUCCCUCAGAAUUCUCUACUUGCCGACAUCAGCAAGGGGAAAUCCCUUAAAAAGACCGCUACCAACGAUCGCUCGGCCCCGGCUGUUGGCGGUGCCCCAGGCGGCGCCCCUCCCAUCCCUGGCCUGGCGCCGCCCGUCCCAGGAAAUCGAGCGCGAAGCAACAGCGAGCAAAACUCUGGCCCAGCCGACUCGGCGCCGCAGCUGGCGGGUCUGUUUGCCGGCGGCAUACCGAAGCUGAAGAAGCGAGGAGGAAACAUUGAUACGGGAGCCGGCGCGGAUGCCUCGUUUGCCUCGGAUACGGAGAAAGCGCCAUCGCAUUCGGCGCCCCAUGUCCCGACCUUUGCCGCCCCGAAACCGCCAGCACCGCCGGCCGAUGCUGCGCCAGCUAUCCCUGGACUUCCUGGACGAGGACCUCCCAUACCCCCUCCUGGCGUCCCAGCCUUGAAGAAGGCCAAGGGACCGCCGCCGCCGAUCGGAAAGAAGCCGCCGCCGCUCCCAACAUCUCGGAAGCCUUCGUCCAGAGCCACGCCGCCUCCAGCUCCCCCUCCGCUGGCCCCAGCUUCAGCUGCCCCAGUUCCCGCAGCUGCCCCCCCUCCUCCUCCGCCGCCGCCAGCAUCCGCAGCACCGGCUCCAUUUGCGCUCCCUCCUCCUCCGCCUCCUCCUCCAGCAACCUCGGCACCUGUACUGCCCGGAGCACCACCGCCUCCUCCACCCUCAUUCGCACCUCCACUACCCUCGCCAUCGUCGACUCCUCGGGCUCAACCGCCGCCACCACCUCCGGCUCCUCCUGGAGCAGCUCCUUCUCCUCCUCUGGCACCGCCAGCUCCACCAGUCUCGGCUCCAGCUCCGCCCUCUUCCAAUGGCCCCUCUGUACCUCGAGCCAGGGGAUCAUCUCUUCGCCAUACCAUGCUUGAUCCCAGCACAUUUACCUUGACUGCGAACGGUGGCGGCUCGUCAGUGAGCCUGCCGUCCAAGACGUCCAACCACUCGCCAUCACCGAGCCAAGGCGGUACGCGGAUUUAUAUCGACGAUAAGAGAUGGCUAUUCAAGGAUGACAGCGUUUUCCCGAAGCCUCGGGAUUUUGUGGGUGGUGUAAGGAGAUAUAGGGCAGGCAGAGGGAGCAGCGUUCCGCUUGAUUUGAGCGUGUUGAAUUAG